CGUUACCAGAGAAACACCGUAGCUUGGUUCUUUAUGUGGAAAAAGUGAAGCCUGUCUGGAGGGCAUCUAUCCAUCUCGGGUACCUCGGGUACUUCGGGUGCCCCAGAUUUGAUUCGCCAACAUGGGGAUAUCUUUCCCGCUUACCGCAGAGAAGUAGAGUAAACAGAGCUUCUCGGAUCCUAACGUGGAAGAGAAAAGCCAGGAACACGAAGGUGACUGCAUUUCUUGGAAGAUUGUACCAUGGAAGUUACAAGUAGCUUAAGAAUGGAAGAAGGCCAAUUAGAAGCCUCAAGUCUUCCAUCAGAAGUCUGGCAUUCUGAGGUGACAAUGGCAGUGGUAGGCGAGCCACCUGCUGCUGUAGAAGAAAAAGAAACAGCUGAAGAAACAAACUUAGAAACCAUCCCGGAAAUCAUAGAACCACUCUCCAUUCUAGAUGUGUUGAGGAUCUCUGCAAUUCUGGAGGAUACCACGGAUCAGCUCUCUAUUCUGAACUACAUCAUGCCAGUUCAGUAUGAAAGAGGACAAAGUAUCAGCAUGAAAAAAAGUAAAGAAUUUAAUUUUGAAAGAAAGAACUUAGAAAAACUUUCAGAUGCCCCCAAAACCUCAAAAAUAUCCAGUCCACUCUUACCUAAAGAAGAAACCAAGUUGCCAGAAAUCAGACAAGAAAGCCGAUCGGCCAACGAAUUUAACAAAAUGCAAGAUCUUGUCUUCAGACAAUCUACAAGACCGACCAUAAUGUCUACAGAGACACUGAAGAAGAUUCAGGUAGAUAGGCAGUUUUUCAGUGACAUAAUUAUGGAAACCAUGCAGGAGCUGCAGCAGUCAGGCACUUUCACCAGUCUCCUGGAAGCUUUGGGCAAAGAGAAGAAAAACAAAAUGCAUUUCUAUGAUAACAUUGCCAGGGAGGAAAAGGGAAGAAAACAGAUAAAAUCUCUUCAAAAACAGCUACUUAAUGUCAAAAGAGAACGGCAAGCUGAAGUACAGAAUCGGAAUGAAUAUAUUGCUCACCUCAAGGACCAGUUGCAAGAGAUGAGGGCAAAAACCAACCUGGAGAAUCGCUAUAUGAAGAGAAACACUGAGCUGCAGAUCUCCCAGACCCAGAAGAAAUGUAACAGAACAGAGGAGCUGUUGCUGGAAGAGAUCGAGAAAAUAAGGUUGAAAACCGAAGAAGAGAACCGGAUUCAUACGGAGAUUGAAACGUUCCUUAGAAGGGAGCAGCAGUGUCUCUCCGCCCUUCCUGGUGGGCGUGCUCACCCGUCCUCAGCAGUGAAGUGCUGCCACACGUCCUCUGGCCUCCAGGACCCCGUUAUCUCCACUGAAAACCUGGGAAGCCAUUUCAACAGUGACAUAACCCGUGAUCUUUCCCAGCCUACACAGGAAAGCAACCAAAACCUUUUUGAGGACGCAGGUGCUCCGCUCACUAAUAUAUUUCUCAAUGCCUUCGUCCAGGAGUGUCUGCUGGGAAAAUGCCUCACAGAAGCUCGUUACAGUACAGUGUUCAGUAACAGAUUUGUAGUUCACACAGAUUCACUCUGAUAUUCCUGUCUCCUCCAAAUCAUAGCAAGGAAGCUCUGGCAUCUCCACCUCAUUAAAUUAUUGAAUCCAACAUGUUAAAGCAAAUUGUUAGAGUCCCCUCCAGCUUCACAAGCUAGCACACUGAAUCCAGAAUGUCUAGUAAGUAGAUCUGUAUCAAGGAACAUGACUCAAUCUAGCAUUACAUUCUAAGAGUUGGAUGCUCAACUAAUGGAGCCACCCACGUGCCCCUUCCCUUCUAAAUAAUUUCUAAUUUAUUUAUUUCUCCCCAACAUUUUAUUAUUAGUUUUCAAACAUACACAGAGUUAAAAGAAUUUUACAGUGAACACCUAGUGGUGGUAGAUUCUACCAUUGCCAGUUUUUUUCUUGCUUUAUCAUAUAUCCUUCCUCCAUUAAUCCAUGUUGCCUUUUUCACCCCUUUAAUACACUAUAGGCAUUAUAAUUUAUUCCCUUAACCCCUGAGUUAUUUAAAACUGCAUUUCUUUUUUUAAUUUGAGAGAGGAGCUGCGUGAGUGGCAGAAGGUGCAGCAGGAGAAUCGCCAGCAGGCAGCACAAACCAGCGUGAGGCAGUCAUGUCUGUAACAUCUUUCUAACGCUUGUUAACACAUUUUUUUAAGUUUAUUUAUUCGAGGGGCAGAGAGAGGAAG